GGCUUUUGGCCCGGUAUAUGUCAGCAACAGGCAACUGGCGGCGGGGUAGUAUUGAAUCCACAGAUCCGAUGUUGCUGUCGGAGGCGGGUGUUUGUUUGGUGCCCCCUCGGUGCCUGAGGGAUGCAGUCAUCGUGUUUCUACCCAAAGAUGCGAGGACCAAAAAAGACCUAUUAUCUAAUGGACACCUCCUCCAUGUCAGUCGGGCACGUUGAGAAAGUUCUUCUCCGCAAAGGAUUCUCCAUGUCUCAGGUGAUUUGCUCUGCAGGUGGUCGUGUUGGCCCUGAGGCUUUUCAAUAUUCCACGACAGCAUCUGGGGUGAUUCUCUUGGUACCAAACACAGAUGUCAAAAAACGAGCAACGUCUUGGCCGUCCAAUCAGAGGCUGGGGAUGUGCUCAGCCCACUGCAGUCAACAGUGUGGAGAAAGCUGCGGUGGCCGCGAUUGACUGGCCGGUGUUGGUCUUGAAUUGAGUGGCCAUCUGCAUUGCACUGUACCCUGCGGCGUGCUGCAUUGUUCCUUUCUCUCUUUCGUUCUCUCUCUCGCUCACCCUCUCGCUCUCUCUUUGUUGCUGUGCCGAUCGAUCCAGGUACCAGGCACAAUGGGAGAUCUGCCAUCGGACAAACAUCCAUCCAAUAUCAUCAUCAUCAUCAUCAUCAUCUCCACCCGCAUGGCAAGCCAUUAUUAUGCAGUUUGAAGGGAAGCACUGGAAAGGAAAACUGCAAUCUCCACCGGGCGCUGGCGGCGACAAAGAUUGGACCCCUGUCGCCCAAGAGCUGAGUCCGUGGUGGAGAUCACCAACCCCUGUCGACCGGGACCUCGCGUGGUCUGGGAUGGUCCAAUCGUUGCUCCAAAAAAAGGCUGGCUUCGUAUUUGACGCCGCGCUCCAGGUGUGUGUGUGUGGAGUGCCCUCCGGCGCCUGCGAGCCGGGGUUCGGCAUCAAACUAUGGACUUUUCGGAAGGAGAAGAAAGGCUAGAAGGAAACGAGAUGUUGGGCAAGAGAUAAAGAUGCUGGUCCACCCACCUCCUCGGGAUCUGGGGUUCCCUUUCCUCACCUUCCGCUCACCCAGCAUUGAAAUCUCGUACAUAGACCUUCGGGUCCCGCAGUCGCUCGUUUCUCGUCUGCCUUCUUGUGUCGAUUUAGUCAUUCGCUCUCUGGGAAAGAAAAGGGGUACAUAAACAUGCGCGUUUCUACUUUGUCUCUGGGCGCCCUGGCCGUGGGUCUGGGUGCCGCCACCGAAUGGCCCGACUGUCAUGAGGACAACUGCUACCGCAACCUCAUCGACGCCAACUACGCGGCCGAGGCUUCGGCCUUCUGCCCCGGCUUCAUUGCCGGCACCACCACAGCGGCCACCGCCAUCCCAACUAAUUUCUACAAUUGCGAUGGCAGUGUCCAGUCUGUGAGCUCGGUCUGCUCGUGCAUUGUGUACACCAUGACGCACACCUCGGCUACCGCUACCGCUGAGCCCACAACCGAGCCAAGUGUCGAGCCCACUACCACCACCAUCGAGACAUACACCAUCUCGGAGACCUGGACCAGCGAGGAGCCAACAAGCACUUCGACCGAUGAGGAUGAUUACUGUGAGGAUGACGAGACUACUACCACGGAGCCCACUGCUACUCCUACCGACGAGCCCACUGUCACUCCUACCGACGAGCCCACUGUCACUCCCACUGAAUCUGAGGAGCCUACCGCCACUCCCACCGACUCUGAGGAGCCAACUGUCACUCCCACUGAUGAGCCAACUGUUACCUCGACCGAGACUGAGGCGCCUACCACGACGGAUGAUGACUACUGCGAGGACGACGAGACGACCACCACUGAGCCCACCGUCACUCCUACCGAUGAGCCUACUGUGACUCCUACGGACACGGAGGAGCCAACUGCCACUCCCACUGACACUGAGGAACCAACCGUCACUCCUACCGACACUGAGGAGCCCACAGCCACUCCCACCAGUGGACCUACCACCACCGAUGACGACUACUGCGAGGAUGACGAGACUACUACCGAGCCCUCCGCUACUCCUACGGAUGAGCCGACUGUGACCCCAACUGAUGAGCCUACCGUUACUCCUACUGACGAGCCAACCGAGGAGCCUACUGUUACUCCCACCGAAACCGAGGAGCCCACUGCCACUCCUACUGCCGAGCCUACCGAGGAACCCACUGAGGAGCCUACUGCCACUCGUACCGAUGAGCCCACCGAGGAGCCCACCGAGGAGCCAACUGCUACUCCCACCGAUGAGCCUACCGAGGAACCCAGCGUGACCGAUACCCCCACCAUUACCACCACCAAAGACGAGGACAGCACCGGCACCACCACCACCGAGGAGUGGACCACCAGCACCAUCACCACCACCACGGUCAAGACCAUCACCCAGUGCCCCUCGACUGUUCCCGCCUGCCCCACCGGCGGCGUCGUCAUUGUCACCACCGAGACCAUCGUCACCACCACCGUCUGCCCCGUGACUGACGUUCCUGCCGUCCCCACCACCACCGAGGGCGGCGAGGUCACUCCCCCCAUCGUCACCGACGGUCCUGAGGUCACUGGCGGCCCCGGCCCCGAGGUUCCCCCUACCAGCACUGAUGAGGAGGAGCCCCCUGUUGUCACUGACGGCCCUGAGGUUACUGGUGGUCCCGAUCCCGAAGUUCCUCCUACCACCACCGAGGAGCCUGAGGAGGAGCCUCCCGUCGUCACCGAUGGUCCCGAGGUUACCGGCGGCCCCGGUCCAGAGGUUCCCCCUACCACCACCGAAGAGGAGGAGCCCAUCGUCACUGGCGGUCCUGGCGGCGAGGAGCCCCCCGUCGUUACUGACGGCCCUGAUGUCACCGGCGGUCCCGAUGUUGAGCCCCCCGUCGUCGUUGUUCCCACCUCUUUCGGCACAGUCACCGUUCCCGCUGUGACUGACCUCCCUUCCACAACCAACACUCCAGUGACAGCCGGUGCUGGCCGUGCUGUUGGCCCUGUUGAGGGUCUGCUCGCUGCGGUGGCUGGUUUGGCUGCUGUUCUUCUUUAAAAAAAGUACGCUCUUCUUUUGAGAUUAUGGGUUUUUGGACAAGGGGGAGUCAAUGAACAUAGAUGAUGAAAGCUUUUUUUGGGGCAAAUGAUACAUAUGUUUGGAAAUUUUUUGGGGUAUUUAUUGGGUAGGCAUUUAGUUUUUGGAAUAUAUUUGCAAAUGUAAUGCAGCAAUCAUAAGCCGCAGGGCUGAAUCACAACACUUCGCUUCUUGAUCUGAUUUGCCUUGUCGUGUGUGCGUGGUGUUCCGGUUCUCUGGCUAGGUUCGGG